AUGAAGGAAGUCAUCAAUUUUGCCGGUCCAUCGAGUAAGAUCGUUGAUAGUUCCAUCCCAGAGCCCGGAGAAGACGAUGUCUUCAUCAAAGUUGUGGUGUCGGGCACUAAUCCCAAGGAUUGGAAGCUGCCUGAUUUCGCUCAGGGCUAUCCGCACGACGAUGGUUCGAUGCUUGCCCGCGCCCGAAAUGGCCUGAACCAAGGGGAUGAUAUUGCAGGAAUAGUGGAAAAGGUCGGCAAGAACGUAGUGGAGUUCAAGCCCGGCGAACGUGUUGCGGGUUUUCACCGCAUGGCUACACCAGGAGGCUCAUAUGCAGAAUACGCUAUCGCGCCGAGCUGGACCACGUUCCAUCUGCCAACAAAAACCUCCUUUGAAGAAGCAGUAACUAUCCCGCUAGCAGGCUUGACGGCAGUGAUGGCCUUGUACGAGAAACUCUUGCUGCCUCUACCAUGGUCACCUGCAACGGAUUCAAUACCUCUAAUUGUCUACGGCGCAAGCACUGCAGUUGGUGCGUUUGCAAUCAAAUUAGCGCAGCUUUCCAACAUUCACCCAAUCAUCGCAAUUGCUGGCAAGGGAAUUCCCUUCGUGGAGACCUUGGUAGACAAAAGCAAAGGCGACAUCAUUAUCGACUAUCGUGGUGGAGCGGCACAGACGGUCAAAAGUAUCGAAGCGUACCUUACAGACACUGAGAAGCGCGUUGCAAAGCAUGCUAUGGACUGUGUUAUCGUGGAGCAAAGCGCCGAAGUACUGCGCCAGGUGGUUCCAUCCGAUGGCCACAUUACCUGGCUCUUCCCGAACACCUUCAACGUAUCGCCGAUCAAAGCCACAACGACUAAUGUUGGCUCUGCCCAUAAUCAAGACGGCUUGGGCGACUCUCGUGAGCUUGCAUUCGUUUUCUCACGUUGGUUCACUUAUGCUUUGCAAAAUGGCAAAUUCUCAGGCCACCCUUUUGAGAUUCGCAAGGGAGGAUUAGGGGCGGUGGAACAAGCUCUCAGAGACCUUAAGGAAGGAAAGGCCAGCGCAGUAAAGUAUGUCAUACCUAUCUAA